AUGGAUAUGGAAGCAGAAUUUGAGGAUUUUCAGAAGAAAAACACCCCUUCCUUGAUUGGGUCUUCUGUCAGAAACUCCAGCACUCCUAGUGGAGACUUAGACAAAGACGAGCCGAAUUCGAUCAUCUUAGAUCGUACUCGUUCCAGCUCUAGGCCUGUCGUCAAAUCCAAUCCUUCGACCUCCCAUAUUGGAAUUGUGUCUGUGGAGGAACUCAAAGCGGAAGGUGGACUUCUCAACGACGAGGAGGGAGAAGUUCUUGACGAGAUCCUCGACGAGGAAGGACAUUUGAAAAAGGAUGCAUUGCAAUUGAAAGAACGACUAAAGACCGAAGACGAAGGUACCCCAAGCUAUACCCAGUCUCCUGGCAGUGAGAUUUCCUCUGAGCCUGUACAUGAAAAGGAGCACCUAGUUUUUGGCGGUGAUGCGGGAAAUUUUGUGGCGCCUGCCGCUGCCAAAUCGAGUCACUUGACUGAUUUCAAAUACGACAGCCCUUCUAGAGAGCUUCCGAAGCCGGAAGAGAAAGAGCACGAUCUCAUUGAGCCAGAAAAAAUCACCACUGUGGACGAUAUAUUGCAGAAAAUCAACCAAGGAAGCAGAGAAUUGACCGAGGAACCGGAAAACACGCUGAAACCAGAAGUCAGGGUGCAUGAGGACAGAAUGCCAGAACUUCCUUCCCAUUCGACCGAAGCGGAUCAGCUUCUGACAGCGCCAGCCAGUAUCAGGGACGGAUCGAGCUCAAGGCUACUGAACGAGAGACAGAGAUCGCGCUCGCGUCCUGCAGACAGCUCUGGAUCGCCGUUCAGAGAAGGCGUAGGAAUGUAUCGGCCGCAUCUGGCAAAAGGUGAUUCCUACCACAGCGGUAUCUCAAACGAUGAGUACAGUCAAGCCAGUGUCAGCAGCGGUGCUCCUGUGGAGAGAAAACCAAGACACGAUCCCGGAUCGGUCAGACUUUCAAGCUCUUCGUCUCUGAACUACUUGCGUUCCAUUUCAAGGUCAAGGUCGAGAGCCGCCAAUGACAGGGAUGCGAUAGGCAAAGACAGGGGUGUUGACCAAAACGAACUGAAAGAGGAGGGUGUUCUCCUGCACGAUGGUGAUUUCUCCCAAGUUCCAGAUUACGAAGACGCAAUCACCAAUGCCUUGAAUAUUGUCGAGAAUACUAAAAGUGUGAAAGACGGAUCUAAAGUUGGGAGGCAUAAGGAGAACAUUGUGAGUGACUUGCAAAACUCUCUAAAUUCAAGGGAAUUAGGAGAACUUAACGAAGCGGAUGAGGACCGUGAUGUCCUGAAAGAGAAAAAAAAUGAGCUUGCAUCAGUGGCCAAGGUUGGGAAAGCUGAGACUAAGAGCUCUGACUCUCUUCAAAAGUUGUUGGACGAAUCUAAAGAUGAAGUGAAGAAAACAGAGACCUUGGAGGAGAAUAUUCCCGGUCGGUCGAACAUAGUUAAAGGCCACGAAGAGGAACAACUGGAAAGCCUUCAUUCUGACCAUACGAAGAGCGACCAAACACAAGGCAAGAGUGCUAAUGAUGAAACUACUACACCGUCAAAGCCAACUGAAAAUGCUAGUGACAACGUGUCGUCUGAAAACUGUGUUGACAGUGAUGACGGUAGUCCUGCGAAAACCAAAACUUCCGAGGACGAGACUUCUGUGAAGCAAUCUGGAGAGUCUCUAAACUCUUUAACCACAAAGCUAGAGUCUAGCACUCUUGCGGACACACCAGAAAAGCAUCCCUACGAAAUCGAAGGACCUGGCAAAGAUAACAUUGAGAAAGAGACCCCUGUCCAGCAGGACACACCCAUCAAGGAAGAAGCAAAAGCAACUGAAGCUACGAAAGAGAAAGAUGUGCCAGUGUCCGAUACUCAAAGGGGAAAAACUGUUUCUGACGACGACGACGACAUUGAGGAACUCCUGAAAGCUGUUGAAAAUGAACAGCAGACUCAGACAUCUAACAACACGGAAAAGAAAGACUCUGUUUAUGUUCCCAAGGGAGCAAAAAUGACAUUUGAGGACGAACCCGUGUACAUUUACACAUCUUUAGCAGGCGGCUUCCAAAUUGCUACUCGAACAAAUAGACUGCAGACUAUUUUGACCGCCAAUCGGGUCAAGUUUGGAUUCAAAGAUCUGGGCACUGACGAGCAAGCCAAAAAGGUGUGGAGGCGUUACAGCGAAGGGAAAACCCUUCCUGGAAUUGUUAGGGGUAAGGAUGAUUUUAUUGGCAACUGGGAAGAUGUUGAAGAAGCUAAUGAGAAUUAUGCGGUUAGAUCUUUGAUAUAUGAGACAUACUAG